AUGCCAGAAUUUGAAAAAUACAACGGAACCAGUUGCCCUGAGGCUCAUAUCACGAUAUUUUGUCAGAGAAUGACUGGUCAUGUUAAUAAUAAUCAGUUAUUGAUCCACUAUUUCCAGGAUAGUUUGACUGGGGUUGCGACCAAAUGGUACAAUCAGUUGAAUCGUAGCCAAGUUAAAUCGUGGAAAGACUUAGCACAGGCCUUCAUGAAACAAUAUGGCCAUGUGACUGACAUAGCGCUUGAUAGGAUCACAUUACAGAACAUAGAGAAGAAGUCAAAUGAGAGUUUCAGGCAAUAUGCUCAGAGAUGGAGAGAGAUUGCUACACAAGUCCAACCCCCACUGUUGGAAAAGGAAACAACCAUGCUUUUCAUUAAUACCUUAAAGGCACCUUUUAUUAAUCACUUGUUGGGAAGUGCAACUAAGAGUUUUGCGGAUAUAGUUAUGUUUGGUGAAAUGAUUGAGAAUGCAAUAAGGUGUGGAAAGAUAGAGGUUGGGGAAAGCACUAGGAGGUCAGCCUUGAAAAAGAAAGAAAAUAAAGUUAGCAAUGUGAACAUGGGUUAUGCGAAACCAAUCAUGGUAAAUCAACAGAAAAUGGUAGCUACGGGCCAGCAAGCUUUGCCAAGGCAAGAGCCUAAUACGAAGCAAAACACAGAGAAGCCCCAAUUUACUCCCAUUCCAGUAAUGUAUCGGGAGCUGUACAAAAGUUUAUUUGAUGCAUACGUCGUAUCUCCUUUCUAUUUAAAACCACUGCAACCCCCAUACCCCAAGUCGUAUGAUGCAGGUGCUCAAUGUGAAUAUCAUGCUGGAAUCGCGAGACACUCGAUAGAGAAUUACACCUCUUUUAAAAGAGUCGAAAGGCUCAUCAAUAUGGGUGUUGUAAAAUUCGAUGAUGCACCUGGUGUAGGAAAUCCAUUACCCAAUCAUACUGAUAAAGGGGUAAACACAAUAGUCGAGAAUAUGGGGGGGAAAAUUAAGUUGGAUGUGGCAGAAAUGAGAACCCCGAUAAGGGAGGUUUUGAAGAAGAUGGCUCUAAUGGACAACAAAGAGAUAGAGUUCUUUGAGUUUACUGAGAAGGAAGAUAUAUGCACCUCGGAGGAAGGGUUAAUAGAGAAGGUUUUUGAGGUCAAUCACCCAGUGGUGAUCAUUUUGCGACCGAAAAUUAAUGAAGUUAGAGCGAAAAUUACACCGAAAGUUGUAAUCCAGAGACCCGCGGUUUUUCUGUAUAAGGAUAAUAAAAGGGUGCCUUAG